CACAAACAGAAACCUUCACCAACACACGACACACACAUCAGUCACAUGCCUCCAUCCAUCAUGUAAGUCACCCAGAGUCCCCCCCUCCUCCAGCCAUUGAACUGAACAAAGGUUGAUUGAUAAAACAUCGACCUUUGUACACAUAAAAGAGCACGCACGCACUACACAGAGACUUCCACCGUCCGCCCCUCCAGCUACUUAAGUCUGCCUGUCGCAGGCCAGAACAGAGGGCGUCAGCGGGUCGCUCCCGGGCACUAUCGCAUGAGGGUUCACGCCGCUCUCACUUGCCCGCCUCUUCUGGUGCUUCGUCCCCCUGCUGUCCCUCUCCUUGGCAGCAGCGCUCUCCUGGUGGCGAAUCAUCAAAGUCGCCAGUAUGCUGUCCCUUGUCGUCCUGCGUCUCGAACCGGACGCUCUUGCGGGUCAUCGGCAGGGCGCUCGACUUGGUCCUCCCUCUCCCUUGCAGCGCAUCAGAGGCCGUUGUGGUGCGGCGAACCCACAGGAGCGCCCCGGCCGUCACGAGCAGAAUCAACAGCAUGACGGCACCGAAGCCAAUCAGCACGUAGAUGUGCAGCGGGAGGGAAGUGGCCCAAGGGUCCUCAAGUGGCCUCCCAUCCACACCACCACGCGCAGGACCACCACCACCAAGGCCGCUCUUGGUGGCUGCCUCUUCUUGGUCCUCCGCCUCCCAAUAAGAGAAUGACGGUGCACACGUGCGGUGGUGGUCGCAGUCAGACGAGACGGGCAGGGGGGGCGGGGAGGGCAUCAACAUGAAUGAGAGGGAGGGGUCGACAGAGAAGGCGGUGGUCGAGCGGAUGGGUGAGGACGCGUUGGCGAGGAUGCUCUCCCACACAGGCAGUGAGUCCGAGUACUUGACGUUCAGCAACCUACACACACAGAGAGGAUGAGGUCGGUCUGUUGUUCUGUGUGUGCAUGUGGUGUUAGUUACCGGAAGAGCGCAAUGACGGAUCCCCUCAUGACGCCGAUCAUCUGCACGUUGGCGGCCCUCCUGCUGACCGCUCGGCCGGAUGCCCGCGCUGCGUCGAGCGCUUCAUCAAACGACUCAGUGAGGGUGUGUUGCAGAUCCGUCAGGAAGCCGUCAAGCUGAGUGGCAUCCUGACAACAACACAGACACACACAUAGAUACGGGUGACCCCUGUGUGUGUCCAUGUGUGUGUCUGUGGGUGUCUGGUGCUCACGGCCGUGAUCUGGUCGUAGUCCUUUCCCAGCACUCUGACCACCAGGUAGGUGUCGUCAUGCUCAUGCUCGUCGGGUGUUGCUGCGCCAGCCUGGCUGCCGGCCAGCAGCACAGAGGCGUUGUUCUGCUCGCACACGAAGCGCCGCUUGGACACACAGGAAAGGGCCUUCAACCGCUCACCGCCAGCAGACCUCUGCAAACAUACACACACAACACACAGACACAGGGAGAGCACCCAGGCCACAAUAAGCACACGGGAAAUGGGUGAAGUCGAAAUCCCGUACCUCAAUGAUCCCGCAGCUGCCUUGGUUGAGGCCCUUCUCAUCCACAUGUGGGUCGCCGUCGUGCUGCCCGUGUGUAUGGCCCCCGACCCACCCCCACCCCUCCCUCUGAUGUUUGCGGAGACUCACCCAGUACUCGCCGUCCUGCUCACCGCGCUCGGGCACGUGAUAAGGGGCACCAGAGAAGAGCGCAUCGAACGGCGAGAGGCCGUCCUGCGUGUCGAAGGCGGCCAGCUGCCCGCCCUCCCUCUCGCAUUGGCUGCUCGCCUCUUCCCACGACAGGCGGCCGAACUGUAGCUUGUAGCAGGAGCCGCCGAUAUCCGUGUAGCCCUCUGUGCACUGCUGCUGCUGGGUGCUGCUGUGAUGGGCCGCCAGCACCCGAGAGGACCUGAGCGGACAGCCAUCUGGACCGGCAUAGGUGCUCUACACAGAGACAGAGAAGAGACGCAGGUCGAUCCGUGUGCAUGUGGUGGUGCUUUGGUAUAUAGGUUACCUGUAUGCUGCGGACAUAGGCUGGGUGCAGAGGCACCAGGGGCGGCCGUGGGCCGCCGAACAAAGAGCACGAGGGCGGCUCGAGCUCGUGGGCGACACACGACGGCUCCUCGUCACACGCCGCCUCACAUAGCUCAUCGGUCGGCGCCCCUCCCACCUCGGCCAAGAGGCUCCUUUGGUCGCCGUGAGAUGCCAUAAGCCGACAGAGGGCCGACCGCCACACAAAAGCCGCACACUUGCCGUCCUUGCCACAGGCAUCGCUGCACCCUCUGCGGGACGACCAUGGGCCCUCUUCGCUGCUGCUGGUGUUGCUGCUGUUGCUGGUGGAGAGGACGAGAAAGGGGCGGUGGGAGGUGUCGUCGAUCGUGAAGCCCUCAUUGGCGCACGUGUUGUCUGCAGACACACGGAGAGAUAAUGUAGCCGUCUUUGUGUGGUGACAGUACCUUUGUCUGUGUCAGCCUACCGCAGCUGCGUGGCGCCCACACGGCCGACAGGUCCUCGCGGAAGCCGCCAGCACCGCCCCACCCCUUCAUCAGGCACUCGGUGGCCAUGCCCUCCUCGUUAACCACCCGAUAGACCACCGAGAAACACUCAGGGCUCUGCUGGCACCGAUUUUGACAAGCCGCCAGGCUCACGCCGACGAGCGCACUGCCAAUGGUGGGUGCCGCGAUGUCCACCGCAAUGCGCCUGCACGCCACAUCGGAUGACAGGACGGCCGCUGGGGAGAGCUCCGGCUGCUCUGGCAACGAGUAUGUCGUCGUCUGCUGCUGCUGCUGCCGCUGCUGGCAGAUGAAUGGGUGCUUUGUGGCGACGAGACGGCCAAUGUGGUGGCCUGGGGUCACACAGGGGGGAAGAGCGGCUGUGGUCGACGCAUGGUGGCUGUCGGAGGACGGGGUCUCUUCACAGUGGCCAUGGCAAGGGUGGAGGCCCCAGUGCUGUGUGGGUGGGGCGGGGCGGCCCGUUGACACUUCUUGCGGCUGCAAUGCAAUGCAUCGGAGAAAGGAAUACGAAACAUACCAAAACAUCCGAGAGGAUUCAACUCAAGAGAGAGUGCGCUUGCCUUGAUGUAUGCGCAGAGAGGUCCGUCAUUGUCGCCUCCGCCACGCGCUCGGGCCAGCUCGCGCAUCAUGGCCACCAUGUCGCCUGUGAGCGUCGUGUUGUCGAUCCAGCGCCACGUCCUUGGCUCUGCAGACAGCUGCACAAACCACAGGAGCGCAAUGGGCAUGUCUGUAUCUGUGGGUUGCUGACGUACGUCGAUAUGCAGGCCUAUGUGGUAGAUGGCGUCAUGAGUGCCCUGGGGUGCGGGGAUGUGGCAGCUGGCCGCUGAAGAACCGGAACAGAAAAACCCCAACAGAGAUGACAAAUCGGCCUGUAGGCACACACACACACACGAUACACCCACUCCCCCGUCUCUCCCUCCCUCUCUCUACACCCACCUCGUCUCUGACGGUGGCCAGGUGCCCCCCACUCUGCUCACACACCGCCUGUGCGCCCUCCCACCCCUGCUGCUCCCACACAACACGAUAGCACUCGCCGUUUCUCAACCCAAAGUAGCCAUCCCGACAUUGACCGCCAUCGGCAUCGUCACUCUGCCCCUUGAACGCGCUCGCCGCGCUACGUGAGGGGCACGCGGCCGGCCCCGAGACGUAUUUGCGGUUGAAUGUUGGGUGGAUGAGCUGCCUGGUGGGAGGGAGGGGCAAGGGGGGCUGCGCGUCGGUGAGGAUGAGUGUGCAGGUGGGCGGCUGGUAGUGGGUGCUGGCUGCAGGUGGGCACGACCUCGAAUCGGGUGCGGGGAAAGAAUGCAGCACCGUGUCGCUCUCCUGCACACAGACAAAGCACAUAAGCGCAGGGUGAGACAGAGAGAGAGGGAGAGGGAGAGAGAGAGAGAGAGGGCGAGGGAGAGAGUCUCACCGCGUCUCUGGUUUGGCAUUCUGGUGGGCUCCAUGUGUAGCCGGUGCAGCCCUUGUUCUGCUGGCACACGAGGUGGCACGACGCCGCCCCGCCCGUCGCGUUGACCGUCGCCGUGUGGUAGUGCCGCGCGCCACGCGGCGGAUGGUAGAUGAACCCCUCCUCCACACAGCUCAUAUCUGUACACCCACCAGACAACAGACAGCAAACACACCCAUCCAUCCAUUCAUCCACCCUCUCCCCUCUGUUCUUGCUCAAGUCGGCUCACCGCAGCUCCUCGGCGCGGCGACCAUGUGCUCGCCCCCCUGCUCAGCCACCUGAGCGUCCCACCCAUACAUGACGCAGGUGCCCUCCCGCCAGCCGUGCACCACGUGGAAGCAGCCGGGCCGCCUCGCACACAGCGACUGGCACUCCUGCAGGCUGCCGACAGGUGCCGAUGGGCGUGGGUGGGUGAGGACGGUGCCGUGCAGAGUGCGGCCGUUGAGACAGCAGCCGGGGGCGGGGCACACUGAAGGGGAAGAUGGCGUAGGAUGAUUGGCCAGAGAGAGAAAUAUGCCUCCUUCUCUCUCUGUGUGUUGGUGUACCUGUUGGGCUGACGAGUGGUGGGGGAGGUGGGAGAGAUAGCAGCUUUGUAGAUGUCUCGUUCCGCCGCUUCUCGCAGAUGUACCGACGCACAACGCGGGUCGCCUUGCCUGACACACACACACACACACCAUCCACAAUGUGCACCCACGACUCACACAUCUCAUCCCGUUCUCGUUCUCGUUGAUCUGGCCUUACCGGCCUUCCCAUUUGCGGUGCAGUAGGGCAGAUUCUGCCACUUGGGUGCGUCGAUGACCUCGUGGACACACUGGUAGUGGCAGGGGGCCGUCAGCCACCCACCACUGGGCGAGCCGUCUUCGAUGCUCAUCGGCUGCAGACAACACCCACCACAUGCAGGUGUGAAUGCAUGUGUGUUGGUGUGAGUGUGGGAGGGGUGGGUGACCACCUGGAUAAGGGCGCAUGACUCGCCCGGCUCAUCUGCUGCUGUGGGCGGCGUCAUCGUGACAUUGGAUUGGUCCAUCCACUGCCAGUGGUCUUGCUCGUCCUGACACACGAACACACGACGUCGUGUGUGUGUCCGACCACUGCCAAAUGGCUCACUCGGUAUAGCCCGAUCCAGUAUGCAUUGUCGUGGAGCCCGCCGGCAGGGACGCGACACGAGCCGUCGGGACAGAACAAAGACAUCACCGAUGCCUGACGCGCCUGCACCACACACACACACAUGCAUUCCGACAUGCAGCCAUUGCCAUGUGUCGACAUACCUCGGUGUCGACGACAGCGAGAUGCCCGCCCUCCUGUCGACAGAUGCUCUCGGCCUCCCUCCACGUGGCCAUCUCAUAGCUGACCCGAUAGCACGACGACCCUCCCACACCCACACCCACCGACACAUAACCCUCACCACACACACCCUGACCACCAUCAGCACCAGGCCGCCCCUCGUCAGCCGACCGCCGGUCGGGGCACGGAGCUGGGCCUGACACGUGCUGCAUCAUGUGGUCGUUGAAGUAGCCGUCGACGAGGGAAAUGGGGUGUUUUCUCGACUUGAGGUGGCAUGUGGGUGGCUGGUACGUGGCCUCGUCGCAGUCGGGAUUGUCGUCACAGAGGUCGGUGCAGGACUGUUUGGAGGGAGAGGGAGGGGAAGAGGGGGGCGCGGUGAUGUGGAGAGGCGAUUGAAGGCCCUGUGGUCGACACACACAUGUGUGUGGCUAUGUAUGAAGUCUCUCCCAGCCCAGCCACCCACCUUUUUGAUGAGUUGGCACUGUGGGCCGGUCCAUGUGAAGUACCGGCACCCCUCCGCCCGCUUGCACGCCCUGUCGCAUCCCUCAGGCCCGUCACUGCCGUCGGACUCACCCACAGCGGCCGACGGAUCGUUGGCGGCGUAGAUGAAGCCGCGGUCAUAACAUGACUCAUCUGCAAACACACGCAACCAACACAAACACACAGAACGCAUCAAGAUCCUUUGAAUCAUUGUGUCCAUCACUCACCGCAGCUUCUGGGGCCGACGAGGAGGUCGGCAUCUUUAUUCUCCCGAAUGGUGCCGUUCCAUCCCACCAUGUAGCAGCUGCCCCACUCGCCAUAGCCCGUAUAGUGACACUGGGGCGUCCGUGCGCACGCGGCCUGGCACUCUGACGCUUCCUUGACCGGCUCGACCAGACCCACACCGAUGCCUGAGAGCUCGCCACGUCGAUAACACGAAACCUCUGACACACACACACACACACAGAGAGAGAGAGAGAGAGUGAGAGGGGAUGCAGAGGACACCUUUCAGGUCUCUCUGUGUCCCCGGGUCUGUACCCUCUGGCAGCUCUCUUGCGAGAGGGUAUCCACACGCCCGCUUGACAGCGCUGCGGGCAGACGUGUCGGUGCCCCUGACCGGCUUGUUGAACAAAAACCGCUUCAGCUCGCAGUUGAAAGUGACCGGCUCGCCCGUCUCAUCGAUGUCGUCAGUGACGCCCUCUGGGUGGUAGACGUAGGCCCCGCACGCCAUGGCCUGGCUGCACAUGAAUUGGCACUGACGCUGGGAGAGGACGGUGUGGUGGGCCAGGCGGUGGAAAGGAUUGGGCUCGUACCCCGUGGGCAGCUCGUCGAAGCACCACUCCACUGUCACGAGAGGGCGAGAGAGGGAGAGAAGGAGAUGAUACGCGCCUCUCUCUCUCCCUCUCUGUUUUCUGCGGGCUUAGCUUACCGCAGUGCUGUGGGCCGGAAACGAUCGACGGGCCGCCCAUUUGGCGCGGCUCGCCCCCCUCCCGAUGCAGCACACACUCGCCCCGUCUGCCGUCGUAGGUGAAGGCCGCGCACUCCCACCUCGUCUGGCACUCGCGCUGACACAUGGCGGCCGACGCGAUGCCCGUCAUCGGCUGCGACACGAGAUGGGGGCCUGAGUUCUCCGUGGAUGGCUGGUGGCACGACGUCGGCACUGAACAAGGGGAGAGGGAGGGAGAGAGCGGAUGCAGGAGAAGGUACCUUUUCGUUGUGUGUGUUGUGAGGUGUGCUUACGGGGAGGGCUCUUUUCGAUGUUUUUUGUGAGGUUGAUGCGGUCGAGGGUCAUGUGCAGGGUGCCGUUGACGGCUCGCACGUUCUCUGGCCGGAAGAGCGCCCGGUUGACGUCAAAGGUGAAGUCCCCCCGCACCCAGUGGCCGCCAUCAUGCGCAUCAACCACGCCCUCGAAAUCGUCUCUCCAAAGCGACUGACACACACACCACAGACACACACACACACACACACACACACGUGUCUGCGCUCGCCCCCAUCUGUGUCACGAGCGUACCACAAACGCGUGUUUCUCCUGGUCGAGUCUCCACACCUCCACAUAGUCGACCAGCCCCGUGACGGCCGCCCCGCCCCCGCAGUACAUGCGGUUGUCGAAGGUGCCGCCCCAGAAGCGGCUGAUGUGCUUGUUCAUCGGCCACAGGUUCAGGUGCAGCGACAAAGGCUCCCUGAAGUGGGCCAGCAGCGCCGGGUCGGUCUCCCUGCGGACUGUCCGGUGGUCGAACAAGAAGGCCACGAAAUCUGCCACACGCUCACACGGAGAGAGAGAGAGGGGGGGGAGUGGGAGAACCGUGUGCUCGUGUGUGUUGGUGUGGGUGUGAGCGGUGCCAUCCACGCACCAGGUGUCCACUCGAUGGCGAUUGUGUGGAACUCCUCGCCCCAUUUCUCGACGCCCCAGUCGCUGGCGUCGUGAAUGCGCUGCCUGAGCGACCUCUGGGUGCUGUUGGGGUCGCUCCAGAUCAUGUUGGUCUGGAAGAGGCGGGCAGCCGAGCUGCUGAAGGAGAGCGUCUGCGACGAGCCGAAUAUCUCGAUGUCCAGCUCAGACCUGACAACACAGUCCACACAGGUCACAGAUGUGUGGAUCUCUCUCUCUCUCUCUCUGUGUGUGUGUGUGUGUGUGUGUGUGUGUUUGGCGCACCAUGCGGCCAUCGGGUGGGUGGAGUUGGGUCUGUAGAGGAAGAAGGACAUGACGGCCCCCUCGCACACAACCGGACGCACACGCACCUCGAAACGACCUGCACAUAUCGAUAGCGAUACACACACACAAGCUGGGCAUGCUCUCUGCGUCUAUGCGCGUGGUGUCCGUACCGUAAUGGAACAGCUCAUCGCCAUCGGCAGUCACUGGGGACACCGAAGCUGCACAGACACACACACACACACACACACAUAGUGAUGAUGAUCUGAAUGCCCUUCCUGCAGCCCCCCCGUGUUUAUGUGUGUGUGUGUGUGUGUACCUCCGCUGAAGAGCUUCUCGCAUGUGCCCGUGUUGACGUUGAAAAACAUCUCCUCAGUGCCGUCGUGGAUGGGGCACUGGCCCCUUACAGACGCCACAACAACAGCAGCAGCCGCAACAAACACAAAAGAUGCUCGAGGGGACAUGGCAGGCAGGUAGGCCGGCAGGUAGGCAGGCAGCUCAGUACGAUAGAUGCGAUGCUUGACAAAGGGGACAGAGAGAUGGAUGGCGGCACAGAUACGAGUGGAAUUGACAAAGAUGAAAGUUACAGAGGGCAGAUCUACCAAAUGAGGGAGUCGGGAACAGCUGCGGCUGUCAAAAAAGGCGUC